CCAGACUCUCUGUCCCUGUUAUGGGUUCCAUCAUUUAUUAAAUAUAUUCAUGUACUGACUGGGCCGGUCCACACCGGUGCUCCAGAUGGCCAGUCCGACACUGGUGCAGUUACACACUACAGCCAGCAGGUGAUGAGAUCACAGCAGGUCAGACCAGUUUAGUGAAAGUGAAACUAAGUGGCAUUUGGAGACAAACAGAAAGUAUUUUGGAAGAAAGAACCAAAAAUAUCAUCAGAAAAGAGUUUUCCAGAAAGAUGAAGAGAAGACGCCCAGACUCACCGGAGCCCAGCCGUGUGUCCAUAAGGAGUGACGGGUCAAUGUAUCAGCCACCUGACCUCAGGGACAGAGACAGUUCUACUGAUGUAAUAAUAAUGGAGGGUAAGAGAUCAGACUCACCGGAGCCCAGCUGUGUGUCCAUGAAGAGUGAUGGGUCAAUGUAUCAGCCACCUGAUCUCAGAGACAUUUCUUCUGAUCUACAGCCACAAAAGAAGAAAUCAAACAUCUUUAGCAGUAAUCAGCUCGAGUCCAUAUUUGAGGAGCUGGAGCAUAAAGUCUUCACACUGAUGAAGAAAGAGCUGAAGAGGUUCAGGAAGCUCCUGAGUCCAGAUUACCCAGCAUGCACUGAGAGGAAGGUGGAGGAUGAGGAGGAUCUGCACAAUGUCAGAGAUGGAGCGCUGAGGAUCACACUGCACGUCCUGAAGAACAUGAACCUCAAAGAUCUCGCUGAUACACUGCAAAACCAGCUGCACCCAGUCUCUGAGUUCCAGCAAACAUUGAAAUCCAACUUGAGUGACAAGUGUAAAAGAAUUAAUGAAGGAAUCUCACAGCCUGGAAGCUCAGCUCUUCUGAAUGAUAUCUACACAGAGCUCUACAUCACAGAGGGUUGGAGUGGAGACGUCUGUAAUGAACAUGAGGUGAGACAGCUUGAGUCAGCAUCCAGGAGAGCAGCAACACAGGAGAAACCCAUCAAAUGUAAUGAUCUUCUUAAAGACAAGUCCAUCAGAAGGGUGCUGACCAAAGGAGUUGCUGGAAUUGGAAAAACAGUCUCUGUGCAGAAGUUCAUUCUGGACUGGGCUGAAGGAAAAGCAAAUCAGGACAUCACCUUCAUGUUUCCACUUCCCUUUAGAGAGCUGAAUUUAAUGAAGCAGGACAAUCUCAGUUUGAUGAAUCUUCUUCAUUACUUUUUUCCUGAAAUGAGAAAACUAGAGUUAGUAAACUGUGACGCCUACAGAGUCCUGUUCAUCUUUGAUGGUCUGGAUGAGUGUCGACUUCCUCUAAAUUUUCAGGACAAUGAGAGAGUGUGUGAUGUGACAGAGUCAGCUUCAGUGGAUGUGCUGCUGACAAAUAUCAUCAUGGGCAAUCUGUGUCCUUCUUCUCUCCUCUGGAUCACCUCUCGACCAGGAGCAGCCAAUCAGAUCCCUCCUGAGUAUGUAGACCAGGUAACAGAAGUACGAGGGUUCAGUGAUCCUCAGAAAGAGGAGUACUUCAGGAAGAGGAUCAGUGAUCAGAGCCUGGCCAAUAGAAUUAUCAAACAGAUUAGGUAUUCAAGAAGCCUCUACAUCAUGUGCCACAUCCCAGUCUUCUGCUGGAUCUCAGCCACUGUUCUAGAGAGAAUGUUGGGUGGAUCAGAAAGUGGAGAGAUCCCCAAGACUCUGACUCAAAUGUUCACACACUUCCUGAUCUUUCAAAUUAAACACAGAAACCAAAAGUACCAUCAGAAAAGUGACCCUGAUCCUGAGAAGACCAGAGAGAGUAUCAUGGCACUGGGGAAACUGGCUUUCCAACAGCUGGAGAAAGGAAACCUGAUCUUCUAUGAGGAAGACCUGAGAGAGUGUGGCAUAAAUGUCAGAGAAGUGUCCGUGUACUCAGGAGUGUGUACGCAGAUCUUCAGAGAGGAGUUUGGGCUUCACCAGGGGAAGGUGUUCAGCUUUGUACAUCUGAGUGUUCAGGAGUUUCUGGCUGCUUUAUACACAUUUCUCUCCUUCAUCAACAGAAAUUUUGCAAAACAACCAAUGAGUGAUCUGUCUGAUAUUUUCACAAAGUCAAACAUGACUGAUUCCUUGAAGUGUGCAGUGGACAAGGCCUUACAGAGUGAGAAUGGACACCUGGACCUGUUCCUCCGCUUCCUUCUGGGUCUCUCACUGGAUUCUAAUUGGACUCUCUUACACGGCUUAAUGUCACAGACAGGAAGCAGCUCUUAUAGGAAAAAGGAAAUAGUUGAGUACAUCAAGGAGAAGAUCAGGAAGAAUCCAUCUCCAGAAAAAUCCAUCAAUCUGUUCCACUGCCUUAAGGAAGUAAAUAAUCAUUCAUUAAUACAGGAAGUAGAAACUUACCUGAAGAGAGAGUAUUCCUGUCGUCUCAGUGGAGCGAGUCUCUCCUCUGUUCAGUGGUCAGCUGUGAUAUAUUUGUUACUAAACUCAGAACAGGAGAUUGAUGAGUUUAAUUUGAGAAGAUAUGAUCCAUCAGAGGAAUGUUUAAUCAGGCUGUUGCCAGUGGUCGAAGCCUGCAGAAAAGCUAACCUGGAUUAUUGUAAACUGACAGAGGAAAGCUGUAGAGUUCUGUCCUCAGUUCUCACCUCAAACUCCUCCAGCCUGAGAGAACUGAACCUGAGUAACAAUUAUGAUCUGAUGGAUUCAGGAGUGAAGCUGCUCUCUGCUGGACUGGAGGGUCCACACUGUAGACUGGAGACACUGAGACUGCGUGACUGUACCCUGACAGAUGAAAGCUGUAGAACUCUGUCCUCAGUCCUCAGCUCAAAGUCCUCCAGACUGAGAGAACUGGACCUGAGUUACAAUAACCUGCAGGAUUCAGGAGUGAAGCUGCUCUCUGCUGGACUGGAGAAUCCACACUGUACACUGGAGAUACUGAGACUGCAACAGUGUUUCCUGACAGAUGAGAGCUGUAGAGUUCUGUCCUCAGUCCUCAGCUCAAAGUCCUCCAGACUGAGAGAACUGGACCUGAGUAACAAUAACCUGAUGGAUUCAGGAGUGAAGCUGCUCUCUGAUGGACUGGAGAAUCCACACUGUACACUGGAGAUACUGAGGAUGUUUAACUGCAGGAUCACAGAUGAAGGUUGUUCUGCUCUGGCUGCAGCUCUGAGGCUGAACAUCUCGUCACACCUGAGAGAACUGAACCUGUUCUGUAACAACACGGGAGCAUCAGGGCAGAAACUGAUCAAUGAUCUGAAGGAGGAUCCACUUUGUAGACUAACCACAGUGCGCGUUUAGUCACGUGACCAGGACACACGGACUCCUGCAGAUUGUUGUGACGUGACAGGAAAACGUUUUAUUCUCUAUUACAAUAGUGAUAUAGAUUUAAUUCUUCUUCUUUUUUUAUUUAAAAAUAUAUUUGACACAUUUCUUAUCUCUCAUUUCUUUGUUUACACAUUUUUUCAUUGUUUAUUCAUAUGUUUUAUAAAAGCAAUUUGUUGCCAUAAUAGUAAAUAAAUUCUGUACUUUAUUAUGUUUGCUCACACUUGGGUCCAGAUCAGAAAGUUUCUGUUACACAUUUCAACUUUCAGCAAAAUUGUAUAUAGCUGUAAAUAGUUGUAAAUACACUCUGGGGUUUAAUACACUCUGGGGUUUAAUACACUCUGGGGUUUAAUACACUCUGGGGUUUAAUACACUCUCGAGUUUAAUACACUCUGGGGUUUAAUACACUCUGGGGUUUAAUACACUCUGGGGUUUAAUACACUCUGGGGUUUAAUACACUCUCGAGUUUAAUACACUCUGGGGUUUAAUACACUCUGGGGUUUAAUACACUCUGGGGUUUAAUACACUCUGGGGUUUAAUACACUCUGGGAUUUGAUAUACUGAAUGUUGUUCUUAUUGACUCCUAUUAAGUCUGCGAGACCGUAAGUACACAGAUCAGUGUGAUUGCUUCGCAUGGCAAAACUAAAUUCAGGCAAAAGUUUAGUUCGUAGGUCAACCAUUUGUAAGUCAGUGUGUUCGUAUGCAGAUGAUCUACUGUAGUGUAUAAGUGCAUGUAAAUAAUAUCUUCUACAUGUGAUUUGAUGAUAUUUAAUGAACAUGUUGAUUUAUUUUUCUACAACGUGUGUGGAAUAGAAUAAACAUUGACUGUAGCUUAAACACAA